GGUUAACACCCGUGAUGGAGGCAGGACAGGCAGGUCCUUGCAGGCUGGGCUCUCAGCCUGAUAGCCCAGGACCAGCGGGCACGUGGGCAGGCUGGUGAAUAGUCCUAGACAGUUGGGAAGGAUGGCUGUGCCCUGGGGCGGGACUAGGCUGUGCCUGUGAAGGGGACUCACCCAAAUGGCCUGGUCCUUAGCUGGGAAGGGCCUGGGUCCCUUGCCCCAGAGCUGAGCCCUUUGGAACUAAAAGUGUGAGGAAGCCAGUGCGCGUGACUGAGGUCAAGGCUGGGGAGGCUCCUGGCUGAGUUCAGGGCCUGCCUUAGGAGAGGGGCUGCUUGGGGGACCAGGAGGCUGUGGCAGGGUGCUGUGGCUGGGUGUGAGAAUGUGGGUGAUGCGUAAGGUGACUGUGGGAGUGGGAAGGUGCAGGAGUAAAAGCCUUUGAGUCUCUACCUGACUGCUGUCUGAGUGGGUGAAGGCAGAUGGGUGAGCAGGGACAUGGGGCUGCCCAGCUUUUCUGAAGGUGUGGAGCCCAGGAGCCUGGGUCCUGCCCUCCUGGCCUGGUUCUCCUCUCCUGUCCGCCCUGGCCCAAAACUGAGCCUAAACACAGGUUACCAGGGAACAGCUGAAAAAGACCCAGGCCUUAGGCUCCACUGGAGCCAGGCAGGAGGGAGCGAGUGGGGGUACAGCUGGGGCCAUGCCGAGAGGGCGGUCCUUCCCCCCCACACCUACUCAUCACACAGCCCCACACCCUGGGCAGGCAGACCUCGCCGCGUGCAGACCCUCCCAGGUCCAGAACCCAGAAGGAGGCCAGAGGGAGGAGGCGAGGGUCCCGCCCUGGCAUAUUCUCCCUCCCGCAGCUCGGGAGGGGGCGGGGUCCACGUGCGCCAGGGCGGCCUCCCCAGCCGGGCCGGACGACACCCCGACCCCCACCCCCUGCUCUGCACGAGAGGACCACGGGGGCCUCUGGCCAGUGCGGACCUGGGCAUGUGACUGGUGUGUGCUGUUCCCGCAGGAGAUGCUGCAGGAUAAGGGCCUGUCGGAGAGCGAGGAGGCCUUUCGGGCCCCGGGCCCCGGGCUCGGCGAGGCCAACGCCGCCAACCGGCACGGAACAAUUCCGUGGAAGGAAGCCCCAGGCGGGCCGGGCGGGCAGGGUUUGCGCGGCCCCCGGCCUGUGCGCUCCCCGAGGCUCCGCGGGCCCGCCGACCCAAGCCCCUCCCUGCCUCCCUCCCAGACCAUCGAGAACAUCAAGGUGGGCCUGCACGAGAAGGAGCUCUGGAAGAAGUUCCACGAGGCGGGCACGGAGAUGAUCAUCACCAAGGCGGGCAGGAGGAUGUUCCCCAGCUACAAGGUAAAAGUCACGGGCAUGAACCCCAAGACCAAGUAUAUCCUGCUGAUUGACAUCGUUCCUGCGGAUGACCACCGCUACAAGUUCUGUGACAACAAAUGGAUGGUGGCAGGGAAGGCUGAGCCCGCCAUGCCAGGAAGGCUCUAUGUCCACCCGGAUUCUCCUGCCACCGGGGCCCACUGGAUGCGGCAGCUGGUCUCCUUCCAGAAGCUGAAGCUGACAAACAACCACCUGGACCCCUUCGGCCACAUCAUCCUCAACUCCAUGCACAAGUACCAGCCACGGCUACACAUUGUGAAGGCAGAUGAGAACAACGCUUUUGGCUCCAAAAACACAGCCUUCUGCACCCACGUGUUUCCAGAGACUUCCUUCAUCUCCGUGACCUCCUACCAGAAUCACAAGAUCACACAGCUGAAAAUCGAGAACAACCCUUUUGCCAAGGGAUUCCGGGGCAGUGACGACAGUGACCUGCGUGUGGCCCGGCUGCAGAGCAAAGAGUACCCGGUGAUCUCCAAAAGCAUCAUGAGGCAGAGGCUGGUCUCCACGCAGCUCGCGGCCAAGCCUGACGUCAGCCCCCUGCACGGCCCGCACCAGGCGCUCCAGCACUACCAGUAUGAGAACGGGGCCCACGUGCAGUUUGCUGCAGCAGAGCCACAGGACCUUCCCCUCAACACCUUCCCAUCCCAGAGGGACUCCAGCCUCUUCUACCACUGCCUGAAAAGACGAGAUAGUGCCCGCCACCUGGACCUACCCUGCAAGCGCUCCUACCUGGAAGCUCCCUCUGCGGUGGGGGAGGAUCAUUACUUCCGCUCUCCCCCUCCCUACGACCAACAGAUGCUGAGCCCCUCCUACUGCAGUGAGGUGACCCCCAGGGAAGCCUGUAUGUACUCGGGUUCAGGGCCUGAGAUUGCCGGCGUGUCUGGGGUGGACGACUUGCCGCCACCCCCCCUGAGCUGUAACAUGUGGACGUCAGUCUCGCCGUACACCAGCUACAGCGUUCAGACCAUGGACACUGUGCCUUACCAGUCCUUCCCCACGCACUUCACCGCCACCACUAUGAUGCCUCGGCUGCCCACCAUCUCCGCUCAGAGCGCCCAGCCGCCAGGAAACACCCACUUCAGCGUCUACAAUCAGCUCUCCCAGUCUCAGGGCCGGGAGCGGGGGCCCCCGGCCACCUUCCCGAGGGAGCGAGGCCUCCCCGCGGUGUGUGAGAGGAAGCCGCCCUCUCCACACCUGAACGCUGCCAACGAGUUCCUCUACUCUCAAAGCUUCUCCCUGUCCCGGGAAGCUUCCUUACAGUACCAUUCAGGAAUGGGGACCGUGGAGAACUGGACUGACGGAUGACUCCCAAGUCUCCUCGCCAGCCCAGGACCACGUUAACCCAGUACUAACCUCGGUGGGUGGCCUGCACUACCAAGAAACGCAGGAAGGUACUCUGAAGGGUGGGCUGUGUGCAUGUGUGUGUGCACGCGUGUAUUUGGAGAGCCUCGAUCUGCUGCCUUACAUCUGAGGCCAUGACAAGGGGAAAAACACAACUGUCUAAGUGCUUUGGGCUGCAGGAACUGGGUCCAUUGUUUCUGACAUCUUGAACAUGCCCACGGGUGGGAUGGCAGUGGGGAGUUCAUGUGAGUUAUUUAGAGAUUUUUAUAAUAUAAUGUUAGACUUACUCAGGGCCAGGUGGUGAGGUCUCUCCCAUGGAGAAGGUGGGGGAGGAUUCUCAUCGCUGGGGUGGGAGGGCUCUGUGCACAUCUUAGCGUCCAUUCCUAACCUUCUCUUUGCAAGGGGAGCUGAGAACCUUGCUUGGGAGCCGGAGGCCCACUCUCUUGGCUUCUGGAGGUUCUGUGACACGACCCGAGAGGUGGGCUCAGUUAAGCCACAGAGCAUAGUCUGAGGGUGGAGCCGGCUGCUCGGUGAGCAGCCUAGAAUUGAUCCCUAGAGCUCUGACAGCUGAGGGCUGAUCCUCAGAGAGGAUCACGUGCUAAGUGCCACCUGAUGGGCAUGAAAAAAAAUUUUUUCCUUCAAAGAGGAGGGAAAAUGCAACCAAUGGCACCUCUGUCAUCAUUUGGGUUUUCUUAUAAAGCACAAAGCCCCCCACCUCGGUCCCCGAGGCACAGGCUCUCUCUCUCUGUUGUGCAAGACGCGGCCACUCAGGCACCAUCUGCAUCCUGUGACUGGCAAUUAUGAAACACGCUUCACCUGGCAGCGUCCCCAGGAGACUGUGCUGAGGCUGCCGCCAGGCAUCUCCGGAGCCUGUUCCGCUCCCAGAAAAUCCUUGCCUCUGGAGGAAAGCCCAACAGAAAUAAAAAUGAGAAUUGAGAAAACAUCCCCUUCUUCCGGUAAAUCCAGCCAGUGUGCUCAGAGGAGCAAGGAUCACUUUCCCCAGUGAGGUGGGUCUCAGUCCUCAGCCCAGCUCUCUAGCGUUGAACAUCAGCAGGCCAUCCACGCGGCUGGUGUGAACUCUGCAAUCCAAUUUGGGAAAUCACUAAACUCUUUGCAUGCUGAAUAGCUAUUUAUAUAUUAUAUAAAUAAAUAAAGAAAUAUAUAUAUAUAUCUCACAAAUGCAGGCCACAUGUCAAAUUCAGCUUUGCUUUUUACAAAUGAAUAAACUUUAAGAAAUGAAACGUUGGAGGGGGUAUUUGGAAAGACAUCUAUUUAAAUUUUUAUUACACACUUGAUGUUAAAAACUAAGAAUGGUUUAGAAAAACAUAUAUAAAUGAAUAAAUAAAUAAAUAUAUAUAUAAACACACAGUACAGAUUAAACUUUAUUAGCAGACACGUUAGCUAACGGGAUAUGGAACUUCAAGUGUUUUGUUAUAUAGCAUGGACGUUUUAUUUUACAUAUCGGAACAUAAAGCCAUUUUACAACUGUGAA